AUGAUGGGCGACCUGCGCUAUGCUCAUCUUCCAAUCAUUUUUGCUAUUGUUUUCACUCUUCAAGUCUGUAAGUUUAUUUUGAAAUCUUCAGAUCACCAUUUCGGACAUUAAAAUUCAAAAAUGAAUAAUUUCAGUCGCGACCUACACUUUGGCUCUUCUCAAUGGCAACAUUGAUCCAUUUUUGCCAUAUUUGUCGUCGGCUGGAGAUCUUCGUCCACAAUCUUGUGUUUUUGGAUUGUUCACCAACAUCUGUGCAAUGCUUUCGUGGGUCAUCAUUUUUAUGAGGUCAGUUUGUUAUCAAAACUAUGUAAUGUAAAAUGAAAACAUAGCAUUUUUUGAAAAAAAAAUGGAGCGGAAUGUUAGGCACAAUUCGAAGAUGGAGAGAACGUCUUUUUCAAAAUGUUUUUUGUUCUGACGUGACAAAAUGGCGUAAUAAAUCUGACUAAAGAUUGUAAACUUGUGCCUAGGGGCAGUGCCACUAGUUGAGCGUGUCUCCCUAGCAAAAAAAAUUCAUUUUGUAAAAAUAAAUUUAUGUUUAUCUCGGUCACUUGAAAUUUAGAUUAAUAAGAAUUCCAAUCGGACACCCUCUUUCAUUUUGUGGGUUCGGAAGACUCCCUGAAGCUGGAAAAUCAAAGUUCUGACUGUAGAACUUCCCGCAAAUGUGAAGAUAAAAAAUAAUUGAUAUGUAGUUUUUUCGUGUUGACAACUGCUACUCACAUCAUAUUUUUAGAAAUUAAUCCAAAGAUAUUAUUAAUCAAGAAUCCUUACCAGGGUUCCGAACUGGGUCGGUUCUUGGGGCAGAUCGGGUCUGGUUCGAGUGGGUUGGACCCAGAUCCAGAACAAAAAAAAAUGGAUAAACUACCCAGAACCGAACCCGAAAAAACAGUUCUGGUUCAGACUUUCAACGAGAAUCAAAAUUUCGGUUUUUGUUGAAUUUUUUCAACGAGAAUCAAAAUUUCGGUUUUUGUUGAAUUUUUUCAACGAGAAUCAAAAUUUCGGUUUUUGUUGAAUUUUUUCAACGAGAAUCAAAAUUUCGGUUUUUGUUGAAAUCUGGAAGAGCUUCCAAUUUUACAAAUCCAUCAUUUUCGAGCCAAUUUUCAUGAUUUCAGGUUCGGAACCCUGAUCCUUACUAAUGCGAAAAAUUUAACAAACAAGCAUGUACAUUUCAAGUUAUGAUCUUAGAUAUUGAUCUUACAAUAACAAAAUUAGAAUUUCAAUAAUUUUCACAACCACGAAUACAUAGUUAUGUUUUCCGAAAAAUCGAAAACCAAACAUUAAUAUUCUAGACACAAGUUCUGCACAUCUUUGCACACGAACACCAGAUUCUUGCUUCCACGUGCUUGCUUAAAUGUCUCGAAAUACAUUGGAUAUGCAGCCGCCGUUGGAAUGUUCAUUGUCGCAAACGUUCAGGUAUGCUGAAUUUGACUUCAAAAAUUUUUUUCAACAUAGAAAUGAUGAUUUCAGGAAACAGCAAUUGUUCCAAUCCAUCAAACUGCCGCUAUUAUGACAUUCGCCUGUGGAACUCUCUACAUGUGCUUCCAGGUUUGAUAAAAAAAAAACAGAGCAUAUAAGUUCAAGCAAAAUAAUUUAAUUUUCAGACAUAUGUAACUUACACAAUGUCUGGCCGUGUUGUUCACCAAAACUUGGCUCGAUUCAGAUUGGUGUUGUCAAUCUUGGCUGUCAUCUCGUUCUUUGGAGCUAUCAUUUUUGCAGCAAUUGCAAGUCACGUUUUCCACUCUUAUUAUCCAGACUUGCCAGUCCCAAGACCAUGGAACAAGAAAAUCUGGCAACCAGUAUGUUUGAUAUUUUUUAAUUUAUGAAGAAGAAUUUUAGAUAUUGAUAUUUUCAGGGAACUGGAUAUCACAAUGUUUCGGCGUUUUUCGAAUGGGCUGCCGCUUUCCUUCACUGCAUGUUCAUUGUCACUUUUGCCAGAGAAUUUGAAGAUGUUGAAGUAGAAGUCUACAUCUAUCAUCACAAUGCGGAAGAGUUGAGCAAUCAACUUCGCGCUGAUCUCGAACAAAAUCCAUAUGGAUGGUAA